AUGGUUAUUAUAAAAACAUGGAUUAAAGGCUUUGAGAUUUCAGUCCUGGUUGACUUGGCAGAACCUGUGGUUACGGGUGUUAACACCAAGCGUGCUCUAAUAAUAGAGUUCCCCGAGGUUCUGGCAGGUUCAGGCCCUCUCCGUCUCUCCCAGGGCGGAGAUUUCUCAUUACUAAAGCAACAGGAACCUCGUCCAUUGCUCAGCUUCUCUGCUGAUACUCCUGCCUGCUUCUCCAAACUGGGAACGCGCCGGCUCAAGGCAAUUGCAGGUGACAUCAUGGCAUACAGGAAGGUGUGUGAUGCCCAGGGUGGCCCACUGGUCGGUGAGGCUCUGCACUGCUCUGGAAGUCUGGAUCUUGACUGGGACCUGGACAAGGAGGAGCUACAGGAGCCAGGACCCAGCAUGGACCGCAUGCAGAUGCAACAUGUAGACUGCCAGAGAUCCGGAUGCUCAGACCCUGGCCCUGAUCCUGACCCUGAGUUGAUGGAACCCAUCCAGCCGUCAGUUUCAGUUUCACCACAUGGACGGUUUGAGCGACUCCAAGAAGAUCCCAACUACAUCUCCCACUUCACCAGGGCUCCUGCCCUCAAAGGUCAACGACGACUCCACUGCUUCCUGCUCAGGUACUUCCUGGCAGCAGUGGGGCUUUUCGUCCUGGGUCUCCUGAUUGGCUGGUUCACUCACACGCCAAACGUCAAACCACCUGUUCCCCCGUCCGAUAGCUCUGACCUGCUGGAGGAACUGCUGAGAAGAAUUACAGCUGACAAGAUAGAUGCUCUUCAGAGGUCUUUCUCCAGCCUGUCGGAUGAUAGCGAGGAAGCUAGAGCCAGGUACCUCUACAGGCAGUGGGUGGGACUCGGUUUGACUGAUGUCCACCUGUCCAAUCACACAGUCCUACUCAGCCUGCCUGGUUCCACGCCCAACACCAUAACUGACAGGUCCAGUCACCAGUGCUUCCUGCCAAACGGGAUCCCCUGUGAUCAGCGUGGACCUAAUGACCUGCCGAAGCAGCAGUUCUCCUACGCAGCCUACUCCGCUGUUGGAAGUCUGCAGGGGGAGGUGGUGGAUGUUCAGUACGGCAGCGUGGAUGACCUGAGGAGAGCCAAAGACACCCUGAACCUCACCAACCAGAUUGCCGUGGUCAAGCUUGGCCAAGCACCUUUGCUGUACAAGCUGUCCCUACUCUCUGAGCUGGGUUUCGGGGGUGCACUGCUUUACAUCGACCCAUGUGACGCUCCCCCUGGCCGCCACACCUGGAACCAAGCCUUCAGGGUCACUCUCAACCCCGGAGGAAACCCUGCCAUAGCUGGUGUGUCAAGAGAGGCUGGAGGAAGUUUGACGUCUCUGUUGGUUCAGCCAAUCUCUGCCUUCCUGGCCAAGACGUUACUGUCCUCUCCCUCCACAGGGCAGGGAGGCUCCUGUAUUCCUCUGGCCAUGUCUCCCAACACAGAACGAAAGAAGAUUACGCUGACUGUUGAAAACCAGCUGUCCUACAAGAAAAUCUACAAUGUUGUGGGAUACCUGAAAGGAAGGAGGAACCCAGAUCGCUACGUCCUAGUAGGCAGUCGUCAUGACAGUGACCAGGGAGGCGGGGCUUCAGCCAUCAUGAAUCAGCUCAUCGCGGCACUGACCGAGCAGGCCAAACGAGGAUGGGUGCCGGACCGUACCACUGUGUUUUGCUCAUGGGGAGGCUCAGCCCUGGGAAACAUCGGGUCCUAUGAGUGGGGAAAGGAUAACAGUGUUGUCCUACAGAGCAGUGCAGUGGCUUACGUCAGUCUGAACUCUCCAGUGAGAGGGACGGAGACUCUUAGAGCUACAGCUUCCCCGACCCUGCUGCAACUCACCUCGGACAUACAGAGGAGACAGUUGCUGAGUUGCAUUCGUGGUGGGAACUGCCCUGGACCCAACGUCAGCUCUCUGCAGUUGCCUGGAGAUGUGAGUUUCUUUGCCAACCAACUGGCUGUUCCCACCGUGGAGUUUGCCUUCGAGCAGACCAAAGCAGAGGAGACGACCAGUUUCCUGUCCGAGGCCCAGUUUUCUGUGGAAUCACCAAAAACCCUGGACCCACUUUUCAAGUUCCAUGAAACCAUUGCUAAGAUGACGGCAGAGGCCAUUCUCCGCCUUGUCAAUGACCCUGUGCUGCCGUUCUACCCUCUGGACAUCGCCCUGGACGUACAAAACAAACUCAAAGAGAAAAGCGUGGUAUCUCCUUCCCUGCUGUCCUCAGCCUCAUCGUUGAGAGACCACGCAGCUUUCUUCCAGUCAGAAACGAUGCGGCCUGCCAAUGACCCUAAAGAGCGUGACCCUUCCCAUGUGCGGAUGCUCAACGACGUUCUCCGUGACCUGGAGAAGAGCUUCAUCAUCCCACAGGCACCAUCCGGAGUGUACAGGAACCUGUUAUACAGCCUUCCAGGAAAGACUCCUCAGUUUUCCAUCCUCAGGUUCUCACAGGAAGCUGUCCUGCACUGCAGUGUCACCAGCAAAACAGUCAAACACAACAAAGAAGUGCUUUGCCACAGUACCAUGAACCAGUCUCUGUCUCUUAUCCUCAGGGCUAUCCGCUCAGCUGAGAGGCUGGUGUGCUUUGGCUUGGACUUGUUUGAAAAUUACCCAAAUGACACAAAAUGAUCUUGACUGGCACAGACCCACCAAUCAGCUCGGAUGCACUAAACACUGCCACUGAUCAAGUCAAUAAAAUUCAAACACAUCGGGAAUAUUAAAACACAAUUGACCCCCCCUGACUGACCUCGCCCAAAACUCAUCUUACUCAUCGUACUAAAGUCCUGGAAAAGUUGAGAAUCCGAGGGAAUCCACACAUUACUCAAUAAGGCUGAAAGGAAAGGAUUAAACUCCACCCCAAGUGUCAUUUAGCGUCAUGAUUCCAAACUUCCUCAAUAACAAUUAUUGAAUAACAACUUGCAGAAACUACAUGCAAUAUAGUGAGAAGCUUGAGACAUUUUGAAUGAUUCAUGUUAAAGGUUGUAAAAAAAAAAAAAAAAAUGUUUUCUGAUUGAUGAAUGUAUUAAAACUAACUUGUUGCACAGCUUUUUGAUAUGCAAAUAAUGGGGUCAUAAAAUUGCACUAUUCACUCUUCCUAUGAAAACUGACCAGCAAUAAAAGGCACAUGGUCAUUUUUAGAUUGUUACUUUUCCUUCACCAGACACUAACUCUUUUAUCCAUCCUUUCCUUGACAAACCUCAGCAAUAAAUCCCAGAGAAAACAAAAGCAGCAAUUCAAAAUGGUUACCAUGGUUAACAAUUUGAUUCAUAUUUGUAAGACAUUUGGGAAAUGCUGAAAAGCUGAAAAAAUACCUUAACCUUGUCCAGGUUUGGUCAAAGUCACUUCGUGAUAGUAGCUGUUUUCAUAGUUUUUUCUUUGCAAAAUGCAACGGAAGGUAUAUCUGGGGAAGCAGCUUCCGAAAACUUUCCAAAUUAAAUUUUUGGUCUCACUUAACCAAAUAUUAGCUGACUAACCAAACAGCUUUUGGACUCAGAAACAAGUGUUUUGAAUGAUUUAUUGGAGAGCUUCAGUAGGCUGCCACAUGAUGCUGUCCCCUGUUUAUAUGUUUUGCUCGAGUCAUGUUUCCUUAAUCUCUACAAGGGAGAUGGGAAUCAUCAAAUUUUUGAGAAUAAAACCCAGGUUAAUAAAAUACUGAAAACUUCUUUGGAUGAAUUAAAUAACAAUUUCACCUGACAACUUAAAAAUUCUAAAACCCAGUUAUCCCUAAGGGCCUUGUUAAGCAAUAAGCCAUUCUAACAGAAGCCAACCGAACAACACCAUUUACUGUAGCUGUUCUAAAAUCACUGUAUGCCGUGACGUCUGAUGGGUUGUCACUUGAUUAAAGAGCAAUAACUCCACAGAACCAUGAGCAGAGCUAUUCCGAGCAAUCUAAUACUUUAAGCAAUAAAAUUUUGUUGAUUAAAAUAACAGUUCUUGGCAUGUGUUUACAGAUGACUGUAAUAAGGAUGUCAUGCUGGCUCAAAUGUAAAACACUCACUUCACCAUUGCAGAGAUCUGGGUUCUUCAGUACCUGGUUACAAAUGCCUCUGUCUUGGCCUGGAGCCCCAAUCAACACCCAUAGUAAGAGGCAAUCGGCCUCAUUCACCAAUAUUUUCUUAAGUAUUUUCUUAAAUUCUUUCUUAAGUUGAAGAAAGUUCUUAAGAAAACUCUACGUCAGAUUCAUGAGCGUGUUCUUAAACUGCAGAAUUGUGCGCACCAGUGUUCCUGGAUUGAUGAAUGCCAAUCUCCUUGUAGAUUGAAAGUGUGUGCUAGUUGGCCCUAAUUAGCACAGGUAAAAGCACAUGACCUUAAAAGGACAUGUGACUGAAGGGUCGUGUGCAGACACAGACAUAAGUCAUAAAGAGAUACCGUAAGGGAAAGUUGAGAAAAUGUCAAAACAAAAAAUCUAAAGAUGGAGCUCCAGAAUCAAAACGCAAAAGGAACUUUAGUAGUUCUGAAGCGGAGGUACUGCUGCCGGAAGUGAGCCGCAAACGAGCCAAUAAGUGUUAAUGUAGCAUUCAUUUAUUUUAGAAGACCAUACUGCUUUGUAAAAUAACAAAAGUAAUUUUUUAAAAAACAUUAUGAAUAACAAAGAUAUUAUCUUAAUUUAAUAAUAUAAUGUUAUAUAACUGUAGAACAGAAGAAAACGCAAUAAACAUUUAUUGUGCUCAAUCAAUGAGAGUGUGAUGAGAGUGAUAAGAGUGCUCUUGAGUGUGCGUAGAUUCUGUUCUUACCUAAGAACAAAUUCUAAAUACGAAAACAUUGGUGAAUGUCAGAAAAGUGCAAAAAGUGGGUUUUAAGAAGAAAUCUCCUCUUAAGAAUGGUUGGUGAAUGAGGCCCAAUGUUAGCAGGUGGGAAGUUGGUGGGGGAGCAUGUCCUUGUUCGUCACACUAGCAAGUCCUACAGAUCCUCAGUGUGGAGUUAAAAGAAGCAGUUGGUGACUCCGUGUCCUCUGUAGGAGGCUCAUGAGAGGUAGUUUACACUUGUCAUGGUCCAACAGAGGAGGUUGGCAAUGACAGAGAUCAACAACUAAAUAUGGGAGACAAUGAGAGAAAAUGCAAAAGUAAAAGACACAUAGUCUCUGUCUCCACUUGUUAUUCUUUCCCACUCUUGAGUCUGUGCUGCACUCUGCAAACUCUUGAUGUUUUAAGUGGCAACAGUCUGUGUUAUCUCUCCUCUUUUCCCUUCAUUCUUCUUACAUUCUUCUUACAUUCACGCCAUCACCCAGUGAUCUCUGUCAUUGUGCAGCAGUUUGCUCUGCUUAUGACAAGAAAUUCAGGAGUCUAAGGCUGAUGUGCUGGCUUCAAUAGCCUGAAUAGAGACCUGAGCAAUAUUUCUUUUUGUUACCAUUUAAUGACUUAUUGGUAUUAUGGUUUAAAAAAGAUUAUUGUUGUGAGGAAGAGUGUAUGUUGGUUUAUGGUUCUGAAGAUGUGAUGAAAUCACUCAAUCUAAUCAACCAAAGCUGCAACCCAGAAAUCAGCAGCUCUAGCAACCCUUUCAAAUUACAGGGCGUCAUGUAAUUCAACAUUUAUAUAAAAAAAUUUACAAAUUGGGACUUCAGGUUUUUUGUAGUUAGGCAUGAUAUUUGCUAGAAUAGUGUUUGUAAGAAAAACAAUGAAUGAGACACUAUUUUAUACUAUGAAAUGAUUAUUUCAUACCUUAGCUUAUUUGUAAUAGUUUGAAUGUGAUAGACUUUUUUUAAGCAUGAGGGACGGGUGGGAGGGCAUGGGAUGAGCUUCAAUUUUGCACCUUGUAAUUUCUUAUUAUUAGAUCUGAAUUUUGUAAAGUUCACAUAUGUUUUAAAUGUUCUGAGAAAUGAUUCAGGAUCUUGAAAGAUACCAACACAUUGUCUACAAUUGCUUCUGACUUGCUUCUUAACUUUAUUCUAGUGUUUAGUGUUUAAAUAGUCAUACUGAUGCAUUCAAAUAGUUCAUUUUUAGACUUGAAAUAUAGUGUUUUUUAAUAAUAACAUCUCAAUUUCUACCAACAAUUUGAUACACAAAAUUUUGUAAGCUGAAUAGCUCAUUUGUAUUUGUAAAUAAGCAGAAUUGCAAUGCUGAUUUAAAAAAAAAGAAAAAAAAAAAACUUUUCAGGGAUCAGAAAUGUAAAUUCUCAUUGCUUUAAAUCAUGUGCCUUUUGUCAGUAGAAAUUAAAACAAAUGCUUUAAUUAAUAAUGCAAAUGGUAUACCAAAAACUUGACUAAGUUCCAGAUUUUAGUUGAUGUAAUGCACUAUUGGAGAUAUCACCUCUGUCAGCUGUAGAAUCUGAUCAAUAACCAACAAUCCACUGUAUCGGAAAAUAGAGAGAUAACAUGCACAGUUUGUGCUUGUGUGCAUGUGGUAAAUAAACAGACUGCAUGUAUAUUACAAAGGGAAAUUUUGCUUUCAUAUUCAGUCUAAAUGCAUCUCUUGUACUGGCUAAUAUGUUAAUAAUAAAAUGCUUUACUAAAAAAGCCUGCUGCUUGCUUGUGCAAAGUGCAAAGAAAAACGAUACAGGAACAAUACUGUGUUGUAUCCAGAAAAUCAAUCACUUCAAAAAGGUUCUAAGGUGCUUUAAAUUGAAAAACAAAUGUUAGCUAGUUAUUUUAAUAUGUAGCAAAUGUUUUGAAAAAGGCAAAAAUACCUAACAUAGAAAUCAAGCACAACAGUUGAGUACAAAUCCAAUAAGCCAGUCACCAUUUCCAAGGAAUUAAAAAGUUGAUAUGCCUGCUAUUGAUUUUAAAUCACCGCCUUGAAUAUUUAAAUCUGUUAAAUUCCCCAUUUGAGAGAAAAGCUGCAUUAUUGGUUGGUCUUUGUACAUUUUGUGAAACCUGUGUAUAUUGUGUAUUGUUAAAGGUUGAGACAAGUGUACAUUGAUACUGUCAUUGUGGCACAAACUUAACAUACUGGAAGUAGCAUCAGGUAUUCCUGUGGGUGCCAUUCAAAUCACCAAUUUCUGUAUUUCAUCAAAUAUCAAUGGCAUGUUGAAUAAUGCAUAGCAUGUAUGCCUGACACAGAAAUACAUGUGUGACAGUGCACAUUACAUAGUUACUGUAUACCAUAAUACUGCUUUGAUUUUAAUUCCAGUUGGCCUGAUGUGUUACAGUAUGGCAAGUCUGUCUCACAGCAUGAAUCUUUUGCAUCUGUUAGGCUCUUUGUUUUAGAAUUGCAUGGUGUUACAUUUACACUGAGUUUCAUUAUUACUCAUUAUUGUGCUAUGACUUCAUGCUUACAUGUUACUGUUGUAGAUAACGAUCAGAAAGUGGUUCUCAACAUUGUUUGCUUAAAAAGAAAAAACAAAUAGGGUAUUUUGAGUAUCUGUUUUGAGUUGACUUAAUUAAUAACACAGACGGGAUAGACAUUCACUAUUUAAUGUCAGUAAACUAACAUUACAUAAAUGUGAUGAUCUGCAGUAGAAAAUUCAUCGUUGCGAGGGGCCUACGACCAAGGUCUCAUCUCACAGGUUGAAAAAUACUUGACUUGGUUGAACCAUGAGCUGUCUACUUUGUACAGUAUUUAUUUAAAAAAUGUAAUAGUAAGCAAUGUUACAUAUUUUUUGAUAGAAUUAGAAAACCCUGAAAACUGGGAUUUGCACAAAAUGUGAAUUUUCUGUGAUGUUACUGCUUCAAAAGAAUUAUCCAAGCCUUUGCAUUUACCAAGAACUGCUCACACUGUGCUGUUUUCUGAAUUGUAAUUCCCCCCCCCCCAAAAAAAAAAAAGAAAAAAAAGAAACGAAGACGAGUUAAAAUGUCUUAUAAUAGUUUGGAAUUGUCCUCAAACCUAUGAAAUGUUUUUAAAUAUACCUUUUAAAAAGGCCGACUCUGACUCUCCACUUCAACACUAUUAUCAUUAGUUGAAUCAUUUGAUGAUUCAGUAUAGCUUGGUUUCUGUAUGCAUGACAAAACAACAUAACUAGAUUAUGCAGGGAUUUUUCUGGCAUGGUUUUUCGUCCUCUUCACUGUUCCAGUCUUAUUGAAUUUUUAAUGCAAUA